UCAUAAUGUCAUUAAUAUAAUGGAUUCCCUUAAUUUCUCUCUUCUCACUCAUUUCGUUCAUUUAGAUUGUCGAUACUAAAAUUAUGAUGCUCAAAUGUAGUAGGAUACACAUUUCUUCCACUAAGGAUUGAAAUUCUUCUCGAUUCCUCAUCCGUAAUUGUCUUAAAAAAAUAAGAUACAUUAGAAAGACCAUAAACAGAGAAGAGAACCCAUCGGCCCAUCGCUACUAUUCCGCGGUUGGCACGAUGAUGAAAAGACCGAUGGAGGUCAGCCAUAAACAAUGUACUAAUGUUCAAAAAGAAGCCGGUUGGUUGCUCCAUGGAUAGGUUAACCAAUUAGGUUUAUCUCCAUACCUCAAGUCAACGAUGUGGAGAGUACUCUAAACACAAUGAACUCCGUGAUUGCACUUGCAACUUGCAAGGUUGAUCACAUGUUGAUUUCUAGGUGUUUCAUGAACAACGACCUCGUCGCAACAAGAAAAAUUGUAUUUUCAAUCGGUCGUUUGUUAGAAACGAUGACUUGAAAAUCACCAUAACAAAAUCCCGAGAGUAAGAUAAUAGUAAAAGGAAAGGGGGGAGACAAAUAUAUUGAAAGAUCGAGGAUCCAAUUGUCGUGUCCUUGAGUUGGAAUUUAUAGAGAGACAAAUUACGUACCCUACUCCAUUCACAUGUGUGUCCAUUAAUCAUCACAACAAACCAAUUCUUCUCUCCCACACACAAACAACAUGACCUCCAAUUCAUUCCUCCAUCUUUCCCGCCCCUUCGAUAAGCUUCGUCUCUCUUCCAUGCCUAAUGAUAGCUAGCUAGCUAGGCAAAGUAUAAAUGAUUUCAUCUUUCUAUGAAUGACUGCAAAUGUGAACAAUAAUUAGAAGAGUUGAGAAACUAGCACCAUAUCGGCUCUUCUUAUCAUUGAUAUAUAUGGAGUACAAGGUAGGGAAGAAGCGGUGAAGAUCUAUAUAUCGACCUCUCCCACGAACUCAAGUUAUUUGGACAAAUUGGUUUGAUAUGAUAUAAGAGUUGGUUUGUUCUUGAGAUUACGUGUUCAAAUUCUCACGGCCCUCAAUAUUAUCUUCAAGCAUAUGAUACAAUAAAACUGUCUGUGUAAACUUCAAACCAAUGAAUUGACUUUCAAAUUUUAUGAAACAACACUUGAAAUCAACAUCAUGCACACCAAGCAAUCCACACAUCAAGAUUGGAUAUGAUCUUUCAGUGUCGUCUCGAAUUGUUUGCCCUAAUUAUGUAUGGUAUACAGACUCCCCCGUGAGAUGCCAAGGGAGAACUCGACUCACGUGAGCCUGCACUUGGGAGAAGGUACAUUCACAGGCACAUACAUACAUGUGAAUGUGAUCAAGCAUCUAAUGGAAACAAAAAACACCCUUAGCUUGUAGUAGUAGUAGUAGUAAAUGCAUAAAGUGAACACACCAUAAGUUUCCUAUCUCACCAACUCAUUCAUUAUCAUAAUGUGUUGGUUUUAGACCAUAGUAAUGUGUUUAUGAGUCUAAUUGGGGCCUAGGAUUAAUUUAGUUGUCUUACAUCAUAGUCUUGGCUUAAUUAAGUUACAUUAUGGGGUGGUGGUUGGGUUUAGAUCAAAAUUUCCCCUAAAAAGUGGGAGAAGUUGGAGGACACGUAGCAUGCUGGAUUGCUGGUACAUGUUAAUUACUAACGAAAUAAAUAUUGAUCUGGUCCGACUUGUUUGGGAGGAAUAUUACUCAAUUCGUAGUAGUGUGGGAGUAUGAAUACUGCUUUUGAUCUGUUCCGCCCUGUUUUUUUAUCUGCUCUAUCAUGAUUUAAUUUUCAUCAAUAUCAACUCGUAUUUAUCUUCUUUUAACCUUUUUUAAAUCUUAUUUUCAUCCCAAAUAAAAUUUAAUAAGGCUCCAACUUUCAACUAUUUAGACUAAAUUGCUCCGUUUACUAUAUCUAUGAUUCAUUCAUGAAGUGCAUUAUCUUCGUUUCCUUGUAAAAGAAUUGAAUAGCAACAUUCUUUUCUUCAAGUAAAAUAUAACGAUUAGCCGACCUGCCCCGCCCUAUACUCACGUCGGUAUUACCAGACCUCACCCGCGCUUAGUAUGGAACAAAAAAUAAAUAUUGAGAUAUUCGUCCCACCCUACCGCAUUGCCAUCACUACCAUCCGUAUUAAACGUAAUCUUCGUAGUAGCAAAUUAGAACAAAGAUUACAUGAUGUUAUGAUGAAGGCAGGUAGUAGCCAAGCAACGGUAGAAUGGUGUGGUGUGUGGAUGGAGAGACUUCACGUUAGGACCGUGUUUUCAACUGUUUGCGUCCGUUUGUUGAAGUUUUGGAAGCAAUCCCAUGCAUGGCAUGGUGCGAGAUAACUCAUUGGUUGGCAUCUACUGACCUCUUGUUGCCCUAGCUAGCUGGCUAGAGCUCUGACUCUGUAGCUCGAUCCUCGGGGCUCCAAUGGCUUCCUUCAUCUUUGUAAAAGGUUUUUUGUCAGGCGGCGCACCCCACACAUUUUGGAGUCAUGAGAGGAGCUUUUUGGUUGGGCGUUAGAGCUUUGUUAUUGAGCUCUGCGCUUCGGUCGUGAAAUGUAACUUUUGUCUGCUUGCUUUUGCGACAGUGACCCGACCCGCUCCAUUCCUUUUACUUUAACCGUCUAGUAGUUUUCGUAUUUGCUCCCUCGACCUCGAGUCAGUCGAAUGAUAGGCAAAGCUUUCACGAGCAAGUCAAACCGAAAUGAUAGAUGCAAUGCAAAGAAAGCACCAAUCUGUCACAGUCCUGCCCGUAUGGGAUCCCAUGCAUCUACAAGACUAUAUAGCUAUACCUAGAUGAAGUGGGAAGAACAAACAACUCUAUGAAACUCGAACAUCUUUUCAAUUGAAAGUCAACUCGUUAGUUUAAAGUUUGCACCAGAUCAUCAUAUCAUGUGCUUUAAGAUAAUGGCUAAUAUUAUUGGUACUCGCAGGAUUUGAAUGUGUGACCUCAAUAACAAAUCAGUUAUGAUACCAUAUCAUAAACCAAUUGAUCAUAAUAACUCGACUUUUUGAGAGAAGUCCAUGCAUAGAUUUUAAUCACUUCCUUACACACCCUUCAUAGUUGGAGCUCAAAGAAGAUUAGAGACAAACCCAUCAUCGGUUUAAGCAAUAAAUGUACGAUCAUAAAGUAAGGUGUAUUCACAUAUAAGCAGAGAUUGAGCAGAUGACCUCUUCAGCAUGAAAAUAUGGAGUGUCAUCUUCAAAAUCAGUGUAUGGUUUGUUCGGAUGUAAAUUUUAGUUGUGACAUUUGAAGCCAAAUCCUAUAUAUAUAUACAUAAUUCAACUAGACAUCCACUUUAUUUGUUCAAAAAUAAUGUGAAAAUUAACAUGCAAUUUUUCAAAUGUCACAUUUGUGGGAAAUGAAAACCGAAGCUACCCCUAUCUUCUUCAAUUCCUAUACUUUGUUCUCAAAUCCAUCGUCCUUAUUCCUCAAGACCUUAACAAUUUCAACCCAAAUCCCAUAUUUUUUGGCAACCCUGGGAAUUCAUUUGAUAACAAAGCCACUGGUCGAUUGAACGAAGCCUAUUUUAAUUGGCCCAUCUUAGCUUUUGACCAGGUCCACUGGAUCACAACCGCCUAGGCCCAAAACCUAACUACCUACCAAGCGUCGCCGUCUAGACCCGCGUAAGAGUGCGUCUUCCCCGCCACGAGGUUUCCUUUUCGUUCUUACUCCCUUCCAAGUUCUUCAACUUCACAACUCGCGCCGCUGCUGCAGUAUCUCAGACACAGAGAAGAGCCGCCGCAGAACGCCGAGAUAGAGUAAGCGACAAAACAGCGGUCGAACGAGAUGGGGAAGAAGCCAAAGAGCUCGAGGAAGGGGAAGAAAGCAUGGAGAGCUAACAUAAGCACCGACGACAUCGACGAAUUCAUCGAGAAAUCAACCAAAGACGCUCUCACCGGCGGUUCCCUCGCCGAGGUACCCAAUGAAUCCCUCUUCUUUGUCGACAAAUCCAAAGACCUUUCUGUGAAGAGGAAGAUUGAAAAGCACAGAGAGAAAGUGCUCCACUGUGACAGUGUUCUGCAAAGGAACCCUUUUGUUAAGGCAAUUCCUUCUUCAAAUGAUAAGAAGAAGUCGAGCAUGAAGAAUAAGAAGAAUAAGAAAGACUCUACUGAGGCUUCCACUUCGAAAGAUGAUGCUACGAAGGAUGGUGAGUCUGGGAUUGUUGACUUGUGGGAAAAUGAAGCGGAAGGUGACAUCAGAACUCGGAAGGUUGUCAAAACGUCGGUUAUUCCUGCAGUGGAAGUUGACCCUCCUGGAUGUUCAUACAAUCCCAAUUUUGAAGCCCAUCAGGAUUCCUUGGCAAAAGCUGUUGCGGAAGAAAUGCAGAAAGUCUAUCAAAGCGAGCUGGGACCUCAGCCUGUCCCUUUAACUGUUCAAGGAGAUGCUAUUGAAGAGGAAGAGAUGUACUUUCUUGAGGUUGAUAAUGGGGAUGAUGAAGCAAAUGAGGAGAAUGAAGAUGCUCCAGAAAAGAGUUCUUCCAUGAAGAAAAUGGUUACAAGAGUUGAGUUCAAUAGAAGAGCUAGACUGAAAGACCGGCAGAAAAAAGAAUCAGAAGCCAAAAAGAAAGCAGAAAUUUCAAAAGAAAUCGAUAGCUUACCAACAAUCAUUGAUGAAAUAGCCAAAGAAGAUGAAGAGAAGCAAAAGAGAAUGAUGCGUCGGUUAGUGGCAAAGCAGGAAAGACUAAAACAGCAACCCCCGCGCCUGGGGAGGCACAAAUUUGUGCCUGCUCCUACUCAAGUACUGUUGUCUGAAGAGAUUACUGGCUCACUUCGCAAGUUGAAGGCGUGCUGCACUCUCGCCACGGAUCGGUUUAAGAGCCUGGAGAAAAGAGGACUGAUCCCUCCUUCAGCCAACAAGAGAAGAAGAAGGUGAUAAGGUGUUGGAUUUAUGGAGAUGAUGAGGAAGCAGCUGGCGUCCUAAUCGACGUGAGAGUCGAAGAUGGUUUUGAGGUUAUAAUCAAUGCAUUCUGCAAUUUUUGUAAUCCUUAAUUAUAUAGAAAUCAAAUGUAUGGGAUAUGUUUCAUGUAUUUUCACUCUUUGCGUGUAUAGAACGGUAUUGUAGUUCAAGUACUAUCUUUCGAUCAUAAAUUUUUGGCAAAAUACAGCUGUAUAUCCACAAUACAACUAUCAGAUUUGUGACAAAUAUAUCCACAACUAUCGAAAUACACGAAAUAUCCAUUUCCGUCCAUUCCGUUAACUCCGUCAGUUAACUUGAUGACUGGACAGACGGUGGAUGCUUAGUUGGCGUGUUUCUGACCCCACUAAAUGACGUGGAUUAAAAUAGGAAAAGAAAAUUUAGGCAAAAUA